GAUUAUUUGUUUAUUUGUGUUAAUGCUUCUUUCGAUGAACAUAUAAUAUUGAAUUAAAUUUACAAAUUAUUAUUUACAUAGCAUUAAUUAAAAGUAAAUCUGACACCUUAAGUAGAAACUUAUAAAAAAUAUAUAUGUUUGUUAGCUGUGUAAAAGAAGUACUCGGUUGUUAUUUGAUUCAACAGUAAGUACAUCAUUACUACAAAGGAAUUCCACAUCACUACUCCGAAAAGUUGAUUUUAGGUUUAGAAAAGUAAAAUAUUUAUUAUUUGGCUUAAAAAUGGAAGAAUCUGUAGAGGAAAGUGAUUAUUUGGUGGAGUCAAAUCGCUUGGCUACAUUUAAGAAUUGGCCCAAUCCAAAUAUUUCACCGCAAUCACUGGCCAAAGCAGGUUUCUACUAUUUAAAUCGUUCGGAUCAAGUGAAAUGUGCAUGGUGCAAGGGUAUUAUAGCUAUGUGGGAGGAGCAAGACGAUGCAUUUGAGGAGCAUAAACGUUUCUUUCCCAACUGUCCACGCGUGCAAUUAGGUCCACUUAUAGAAAUGGCGAGCGAUGGCCUGCGUGAUUUAGGCAUACAACAAAUUUCUACACCGAAAAAGCCAAAAUUUUCCUCAUUGGAUUCACGACUUCGCACAUAUGUCAAUUGGCCCAUACCUGAUAUACAAAAACCCGAUGCGCUAGCCCAGGCCGGUCUCUACUAUCAAAAUGUGGAGGAUCAAGUGCGUUGUUUUCAUUGUAAUAUAGGUUUGCGUUCGUGGCAACGUGAAGAUGAUCCUUGGUUUGAGCAUGCAAAGUGGUUUCCUCAGUGCCAAUUCGUGCGCCUCGUUAAAGGUGCGAACUACAUACAGCAUGUACAGGAAUUGACGCGACAAUCCGGUCAUCAACCACACAACGAAAUGUCCAUUGAUGAAGCCAUGAUGACAGCACCCGUACUGCAAGCGCUCGAAAUCGGUAUUGAUGGUGGCUCAAUACGAAAUGCUACACAGCGGCAAUUAAUGGCUUGUGGACGACCUUAUGAAACAGUAGAAGAUUUAAUAAAAGCGGUAUUCGGUGAUCCGGAGGAUGCUGAACCAAUUGCAAAUGGCCAGUGUACGGAAGGGAUUAGUGCUUCAUUGGCGGGCGAUGUUUCACGUUUAAUAAAUAUGCUAGAUGAAGCCGGUGUGGGUGGUAAUUGUGUUGAAAAUCAUAAUAAUGCUAGCAGUAGUACGACAACGAUGAAUCCAAGUAAUGUUCAAAAUCAAAUAUAUGGUAAUGUGAUGAAUGGACCGAGUUGUUCGGCGGCGGUAACCAAUGCCUUGCAAACAAAAAACACUGGUGAUAACACAGAAAUAGCAGCUAAAGCAGAUAAAAUCGAUGAUGCGUGUACAAACAAAGUAGCUAGCGAACAAACGCUUAAUAGAACAUUAUCGCUGGAAGAAGAAAAUCGUAAAUUGAAGGAUGCGCGUCUAUGUAAAGUGUGUCUGGAUGAAGAAGUCGGUGUAGUGUUUUUGCCGUGUGGACAUUUAGUUACAUGCGUGCAAUGCGCACCCGGCGUUGGCCAGUGUCCCAUGUGUCGUGCCGAUAUUAAAGGUUUUGUACGCACUUACCUAUCGUAAAUAGCUGAAAAUGCUUCACUAUUUAUUUCCUCUCAAAAUGUGUUAUAUUAAUUUAUUAUA